UGGGUUGAACCUUCACCCGAACAUAUCCGGAACUUGGCGCAUAGACUUGGCUACCACUCCACCAUCCUUUGCAAUAUGAAACAGAUUGCAGGCCGACGGGAAAAACCCUAGAGCGUACAUAGAAGAAUUAGUGGAUGGAACAGGAUUUAACAACCCGUAGAAAGCGACUUGGGAAUAUUUCCUCCAAUCGAAACACCUUUAGCCCCAGAGAGGAAAGGCAUGUUUCGAGCAUAUAUGUAUAAAAGCCACGGUGAAGAAGCGUCGGUGUUCACUUUUGCAGGACCGUAGCACUCCGCUUCCCUCUCUUCUCUUCUUUCCAAACAUGAAGGCCGUCCUUCUCGCCGCCUUGCUGGCGCCGCUCACCGAAGCGCACUACAUCUUCAACAGGCUCAUUGUCAAUGGUCAAAGCAUCGGCGGCGAAUAUGCCUACGUGCGCAAGAACAGCAACUCCUACAACCCAUCCUUCCCCAGCGAGCUCAUGAACAGCCCGGACCUUCGCUGCAACAAGGGCGCCAGGCCUGGCAACACGCCUACUUACACUGUCAAGGCCGGUGACAAGAUUGGCUUCAAGCUCUUCAACAACGAGUUCAUUGAGCACCCCGGCCCCGGCUUUGUCUACAUCUCCAAGGCACCUGGUGCGGUCAAGGACUACGAUGGCUCAGGUGAUUGGGUCAAGGUCAUGGAGAACGGUCUCUGCAACCCGAGCAGCCCCGGAAACGACAACAGCUGGUGCAGCUGGCAGAAGGAUCGCCUUGAGUGGACCAUUCAGCAGAAGAUCCCCCCUGGAGAGUACCUCGUCCGUGUCGAGCACAUCGGUCUUCACGAGGGCCAUGUUGGAAAGGCCCAGUUCUACAUUGAAUGCUACCAGCUCAAGAUUGAGGGCCCGGGCGGAGGCAACCCGCAGCCUAAGGUCAAGAUUCCCGGUGUCUACAAGGCCAGCGACCCCGGAAUCGCUUUCAACAAGUGGAACAACCCGCGCUCCUACGUCAUGCCUGGCCCCAAGGUUUGGGAUGGCAACUAAACGUACAAUGCAAGAUCUGUAGGGCGGUGGCUUUUCAAAACUGGUUCAAUCUUCAAUUCUUUGCAGUGACUAGAU